AUGGAAGAGAAAAGACCACCCCCAGCUAAUCUGCCAACUCUGCCAGCAGAGUUGGUGGAUAACAUCGCCAACUUUCUACCCAAUCGUGACAUCAAAUCACUACGCCUCACAUCCCGCUUCGUAGACAGCUGCGUCAAGUUACGACUGGAUCGAGUCUUCAUCUCCGCCAAUCCUCUCAACAUUCAUGUCGUCGAGGAAGUGGCGAAUCACGAAUACCUUCGGAAAGGUGUCACCGAGAUAAUAUGGGAUGAGCCCUAUUUUGAAUGCCAUGCAACCAUCCCGCCCAACUACAAGUACAAGACAGGCAGUUUCGACUUCGCUUUAGGCUGUCCAUCAUGGUACUGGUGGAGUGGCCGUCGUGCCAUCAGCCAACUGGCUAAAAGCAAGGGAAAUGAUACUGUCGCGAACCGACCAGACCUUCUUGAUAGGAUGCGCAAGCUUGCGGCAGCGAUGUUGCCGGGGGAAUCAUACUACUACUAUCACCAGUUGUUGGAACAGGAGCGAUGGAUGCUCAGGUCAGGGGCAGAUUGGAAGGUUUUUGAGUAUGCCCUCGACAGAUUUCCUUCACUCCGUCGAGUCACUAUCUCAACCAAAGUUCACGGGAAAUUGUUCAUGCCUCGGUACGAGACACCGCUUAUUCGUUCAUUCCCCUAUGGCUUUGUAUAUCCUCUUCCUAGCCCACGGGGUUUCCCCGAUGCCCAUCGGACCUCGAGAAUAAUAUGGAAAGACAAGAGCACGGAACCGUCCAAUGAGUACCAGAUCUUUAGGCGUGGCCUUUGCUCCGCAUUGAGAGUGCUUGCAAAGCAUGGCAAGCAUAAAGUCUCCGAGUUCAUCGUUGAGGAUGAUGAAUGCCGGGACAUCGACUGGUAUAGGCGCCACAAGUCCAACCUUCCCUUCGAAAUUGAAGACUAUACAUCCAUGAUGGACGACCAAGGUUGCGCACUUGAUGAUCUCUACUCACUCAUACGAAGACAGGGCUUCCAAAGAUUGAGUUUGCACUACGAAAAUUACAGAAGCCUUGUCAAAGCAUUCGAAAAGGUCGAAAGCCUACAGAGCCUUUGCUUAUACGGCGACGAGAGAGCACGUAUAGAGCACCUCGUUGAGACCCCAAGAAACUUGACACUGCCGGAGUGCCUCACUCAGCGGCUCCAUAGUCUUGUGCUUGAAACUGUCUCAGUGUAUAAAGGUAGCCUGAUUAGGCUCUUGGAUUCUCUGAUUUCACUACGAUCUCUAGAACUACGCUCUGUUGGAUUCGAAGACUACGGGGCGAAGAGUUAA